UAAAAAUGGAAGGGUUAGAGAAGCUGGAACAACUUCAGUCGAAUAUUCAUUUGCUUCAUUCUGUUGGAGUUUCCGAUCCCAAUCCCGACGCUGAACGCUUCCUCGCCGAUUUCACCUCUUUUCUCCAUGUUUCGAUUUCGAUUUUUCUCGUAAUUGUUUCCAUCUGUCAUUUGAUUUCCUAUUGCGCUGAAGAUGCAACAAAGUGGUCAGCUUGAGCUCUCAUUGAAGUGCCAAUUGAUUUCUAAUCACAUUUCAAAGAUAACGGAUUUACUCGUCCCUGAUGCAAUGCAACGCUAUGAAAAAGAUCUUCAUUGUGAUGAUGAUAAAAGAAAUAUGGAUCCUGUGCCGAGCCUCCCUUAUGGUGUUCCUGUAAUUGGGGUAGAUGCAAUGAUACGUUCUAAUUCAACUCUUGAGGAUUUUUGCCGAUCAUAUUUUGUGUUUCACAAAAUGGACGCAAACCAGCCACAAUCUAUUUUCAAGAAUCUACCUAUGCUUUCGUUCACAGAAAGUUAUAUUUAUCAGUUGGACGACUUAAAUGAGAAACUCGUACAGAUCCCAAUGGGUGAAGAUCCAACUCCUACAGGCUUUGAGGACGAUGAGCCAAACCCAUGUGCAAAAUCUGGACAUGCGUUCAAAAGGAAUCCAUUUCAACCACUCUUUAGUGUACUAGAACGCCAUGGGCUUCUGACAGAAAGGAUUCAAGAAGAGUUGAGAUAUGGUGAAGAAUAUUGGCAUCUGGAAAGAAAACUUUGCUGUGCAGUGGCGAGAAACAAGGAGAUAUCAAUUGAGGAUGUGACGAGGGCCAUUCAUCUGAAAUCCUUCGAUUAUCGGGUGCUGAACCUUCUGUUAUAUCAACUAAGAGGAGAAAAGGUAAACGAACUGCAUAUGGAAUUUCUCUCAAUCUCAGAGUUGCUUGUUGAAAUAGCUGAUGAUCUGUUUGAUUAUGAGGACGACGUUGCAGAGAAUAGUUUCAACAUUUUGCGCAUGUUUGUAAACUGUUACGGGGCUUCUGCAGCGCCAAUCAUGCUGGCAAAAUUCAUAUCUGUAGCAGAAGAAAAGUAUGAUCGCUUAUUUAAAGCAUUAGAUGAAGAACUGUCAGUGAAGUACCGUGAAAGAUGUGAAGAAGCUACAAGAGAAGGUGGGAAGACAUGUGGCCCUUCUCUUGGAACAUGGCACAUUCCACCAGUUAUUGGAAAUGAAGCAGAAUACCGGAGACGGGUGGUUUCAUCUAAAGCUCCAUAAAUGGUGGAUUCGAUUUUCCUAAAUGGUGGCACAACAGGUUUCUUUCAUCUCUCUGGAUUCGAAGUUCGUUAGCCACAGCAGACAGACAUUUAUCUUUGCUAGUGAUGUUGUGGAAGACGAAGAUAAUGUUGAGAGAUUAAGACGAAGAUAGUUCGAAUAUGUUGGAUUUCACAUAUUUUUGGUGUCAAAAUAUAUUGGCUUUCAGAUUCUGUUUGAAAAAGAAUUUGGAAGCAUGGUUUUGCCAAAUUUUGGUAUAUGCUUAUUUGUUCUUAUUA